GCAAACUCAAACUACUCUUCCGUGGUAGCGAGCUUCCCUUUGUAGGCUAAAUCAUGUCAGAUGUUGGAUCGGAGUAUUUUGAAGAUGAGCAGGGGUAUAUUGGAGAGUACGAGGGUGAUCGCAGUGAAGCGGGAGAGAGGCAUGGCGUCGGAAGAGCCGUCCUGCCCAACGGGGACACUUACCAGGGGAUGUAUGAACACGGGAAAAGGUCUGGGCAGGGAACAUACAGAUUCAAGAAUGGUUCUCGAUACAUAGGGGAGUAUUACAUGAACCAGAAGCAUGGACAAGGAAUUUUCUACUAUCCAGAUGGUUCUGUUUAUGAAGGCUCCUGGGUGGGUGAUCAACGGCAGGGACACGGGCUCUAUACGUAUCCCAAUGGAGACACAUAUGAUGGCAAGUGGCUGCAGCAUCAAAGGCAUGGGCAAGGUGUGUACACACACCACGACACCGGCUCCAAGUACGUUGGCAUGUGGGUUAUGGGUAAGAUGGAGUCUGCUGGCGAGUUAAUUCAUCUAAACCACCAAUUCCAGGGCACGUUUCACAACAAUAAUCCCUCAGGUCCAGGGAAAUAUGUGUUUGACAUCGGCUGUGAGCAGCAUGGCGAGUACAUCCAGGUGGAUCAGGAUAAAGGAGAGACGGAGGAGGAGGAGCCCGUCAAUACUGCCAUUCUCAAAUGGAAACCCAAAGCUGUGACUCCUUUAUCCGUCUGCACGCCUGCUAAAGACCACACCCCUCCUGGCCAGGGCCUAUCGGGAGAAAAAAAAGAUCAGACCAUCCUGGAGGAACAGAAUGGAGAACAGAGCCCAACUCCAGAAAACAACUGAUCAUGAAGCAAGACACAAUUACAGCUGCACUGAUUUAUAUAAUACAACAAUAUUGUCAUUACCGCUUCUAAGCUGUGAUAUUAAACUGAUUAUUACUGUAAUUAGUGUUUUGUUUCCUUGUCAGAUCCAGACACAAUUUACUCCAUCAAUGAAUAUUUUCUAACACAAAUCAGAAGAUGGUGGAAAUUUAAUUCUGGUGUAUCGGUAUGCAUUUUCUUAAGAUUCUCUGCAAAGGGUGGUGUACACUACCUGGCACAUGGUAGUUUGUUUCAUGGGUCCUUGUACAAUAAAUGCUUGUUUACUCAGCAAUGGUAUCUAAAUUGCUAUUAAUCACUCACGUGAUUUGAGUGUCAAAUGUCUCCCCAAAAGGAAGUAAAUUUUUGUAGUUGUUAGUUGCAUUAAUAUGAUUGUUAUAUUACUGGUGUUAUAUUACUGGUCAUUUUGCUUUUAAAGUGCAGUUAGUUACAGCAUUUAGUGUGUGUAUAUACUUAUAUUUGUCUGGUAAAGAUUAAAUAAUAAUUCACUGUUUUUAUAGCUGUAUAACUUGCUUGGAAAAAAGGUUUUAUCAUGGUGACAUGAGUAUGUUUUCUGCUUUGUAUUCAUAGUAAUUAAAUUAUGGAGGACAA